AUGAAGCGGAUGUUCUCCUUGCAACGACGUUUCUCAACAGGUCGUCGCGUCUUGUGCUCGGUUCAAGAGCUCAAGGACCUUAAAGGCCAAGGACUGAAAUUUCCAGUGCAUGUUCCCGAGCCAAAGCUAUCGUCAACCCCACAACGGAUCGACGCAAAGUCGACGUUGACAAAAAGUCCUCGACGUCGAGAUGCGCUGAUCACUGGUUUUGUGUUUUGGAAUGAAAAGACGCAACAGCCGCGCUCUUUCCUUAACAGGUGUCCACACGCGCUGUUGGAACUCGACUUUGACGACAGCGACUUUUUCUGUGAAGGCUUUAUCUUCUGCAAAGCUCACGCAGCGUUUUUCGAUCCCGAGACGGGAGUUUGUCUACGAGGCCCGACAUCAUCGCGCAAGCCUCUGAGUAACCUGGAUGCACUUCGAGUGGGAAUCGAUGGCGAUGACGUUGUUUUACUCACGACAAAUGAUGGAGAAGUCAGCAAGGACGUGGUUGCAUUGGCAGCUUUAAACGAUCACGACUUAGCGGCUUACAAACGGGCGAAACAACAAGAACUGAGCGAUGCGCUAUUCAAACGAUCAGAGGCGAGUUCGGAAGUGGAAAAGAUCCAGCAACAAGUGCAUCAAAAGACAAUGGCAAGGCUAAAGCAGUACGAGCUGCUGGAUGAACGAGCUCGUACACAACGUGAGUGA